UUGAUGGUUUGAGGGGGUUCGUCGUGGAAAGGUUUAGGAAUAAUACAUUCGUUGUGGGUUAACAUGUCUCGAGUGGUGCGCAUUCGCAAGCCAACAAGGACUUGUUUUGUGCCAGAUUGCACCAAUUCGUUAGUGAGCACCCCACAUAAGAGGUUUUUUGCUGUACCGCGCGACCUCGAGAUUCGAAGGAGAUGGGCCAGGGCCGCUAGGAGGUCAGAUGCUGCAGAUCUUACUUCUAGGGGUAGAUGGCACUGCUGUGAAGACCAUUUUAAGGAAGAGGACUACUCAAAUCUCAUGAUGAUCCAGCUGAUGGGACUGACUCAAAGGCUGAAUCUCAAGAAAGGAGCCAUCCCAAGCAAGUUUGAAUGUCAGGACUCACAGCUGCAACAGCAACACUUGCCUCUGAGGAAACAACAAAUACCCUUAGUGGAACAUGCUGUUGAAGAUCAUGUGGGUCUAGUAUGUUCCAUUAUCUCAUGCUAGAAUGGAAACAUUGAUCACCACCAACUGAAGUACCUACUGGCUACCACCCACUGCUUCUACUGAUCCUUUUCAUACUGAUACUGUAGCUGACAUUGGCUGCCUUACAUGUGCAACCUACUUAUCCUGACUAACAGUAAGAGGUGAAACCAAUUUUGUACCCCCACAUUAUAAAACAGGGCUAUUGGUAUAUUGUUGAUAUAAUAUUUUGACAUGAAAUUGUCACCAUCAAACCAUAAACACACAACAGGUCCUCUUGCCUCCUCUGCCUCUGGAAAGAUCAUUAAAGCUGACAGUCCUACUGCUUCUACCCAAGCCAGCAAUGAGGGUGCUGUGCCCAUGGCAUGGGACAUCAAAGGCAGUGAUAGACAUGCUGAUUUCUCUGAUGAACAUACUGACAACAAUGAGCCAGCUGAUGCUGAUAUGGAUGAUACAGUCUCAUUCUCAGCUGAAGGCCAUCCCAGACUGAAAACCGAAUACUGCGAGUCGGUCUCCCAGGAACGUUUCGAGGAUAUGCCGGACUUCGUACUUCCUGAUGACCCUCUCGCAAUCAAAUCUGAGCCCGCGGACCCAUUGGCAACAGAUUGGCCCGACCGCGAUGUCGCCUCCGUCUCGGAGACUGCCGAGGAACCAGCAAAUAUGAAGUGUGAAUGGCCUGAGCCGUCUAUAUCGGUGAAAAUUGAGCCGUCGGAGGAUGAGGACUCUUGUGCGGAAGGUGGUUUGACGUCGGACCGGGACCCCCUGGUCCACGCGAAAUCCGAGCAAGCGCCGCUGGUGGACACCGUCAAACACGAACCCGCCUGUGUCGCUGAGGGCAAGACAUUCGUGUGCAUGUGGGACAAGACGUCCGUCAUCCGUUCAGGGCACCCCUGUCCGCAGUGCUCGAACCAGAGCGAGCGGGGGCCGUUCACGUGCGGCGAGUGCGGCAGGGUGUUCCAGAGACGAGUUUGUCGGGACGUCCACGCCCUGAUCCACCCGGGAAAGCCGAGCGAGACCGUUUGUGGACAGACGUUCAGCCGCGGGAUCCACCGGGUGAAGCACGUGCGCGCCCACAUGGCUGCCAGGGCUGCGAGCUGUGAGAUGUGCCGCACCGAUACGGGCACUGGCGCGGACUACUCCCACCAGUGCGAGUGCUGUGAGGAGUCGUUAAACAUUCUGAGGGGUCCGAUCGAGGGCGCCCCGGCUCUUCCGGAUCCAAGCAUGCGCUCGUUGAGCAUCAAAGAUAUGGGUGAUGAAGACAGCCUGAGAUGUCCGAUUCCAAAGCGGGCUGCAGGAGUGUACGGGGCAUCGCACGCGUGCAAUAUAUGCGGGAUGAAACACUUCGACCGCAAACCGCUAGCCGCUCACAUCCGGAGACACUACUGGGAGACGCCGUACGGCUGCGCGCCCUGCCUGUGGCUGUUCCCGACCCUCCAAGACCUGCGGCGGCACUUCGGCACACGCACCACCGUGAAUAAGGCGCUGUGCGUCAUCUGCGGGAAGAGGCUGGGGGACGUGGGCGCGCUGGAGCGCCACGUGCAGCAGCACCGUGACGCCCGGUUGGCCAGCGAGGCGUGCUCUCGCGAGGCGGGCUCCCUCGAGACGGGCCCCCGCGAGGCGAGCUCCCGCGCAGUCUGCUUGGCGUGCGGCGAGGAGUUCCCGCGGUCUGUUGGCCUGGACCGCCACGUGCGCGUGGCCAGCGGCGAGACGGCGUUCACGUGCGAGGGCUGCGGGCGGUCGUUCGCGGAUCGAAGCGGCCUGUACGAUCACUACUGGGCGCACCUGGGCCGCGCGCGGCUUCACUGCGGCGGGUGCGCGGCGUCGUUCGCGAGAGCCGGCGGGCUGACCGGCCACGUGCGACGCCACGUGCGCCAGACGCCCUUUACGUGCGUCAAGUGCGGGAAGGCGUGCGCCGACCAGCGCCAGCUGGCGCAUCACGUGCUGAUACACAGGGGCACCAAGCCGUUCGAGUGCUCGCUCUGCGGACUGGCGUUUAAGUUCCGCAGCAACAUGGAAGCACACAGCUUGUCCCAUGGCGACCAGAAGGUGCAGUGCGGCAUCUGCGGCAUGAGCUUCGCCGACGGGAAGAGGCUCGCCAUGCACGUCCGCGCGCACAAGACUAGGCCGAAGCGCUGGGCGUGUGACAAGUGCGGCACCAAGUUCACCAGCAGCACGUUGCUGGACAGCCACCUGCAGCGGGCCGCCGCCAAUGAGGCGCUGCACAAGUGCCGCAAGUGCGCAAGGCCGUUUUGCACUCGGCGGGCCUUGGCCGACCAUGCCGAGGUCCACAGGGGCGGACGGGGGGAGUUCAAGUGUCAGGUGUGCGGACUGGUGUGCCGUGGGAAAGGGGGGCUUGCCAAGCACACACGGACCCAUGAAGCGAACGCUUCGCUCGGAGGGAACGCCGAUGGUAACGGGGGUCAUCGGAACGUUCGCCACAGGAAGCGCGCGGUAGGCUUGUCAUUAACGCAUGUGUGAUAUCGCGGACUUGCGCCGGCGUAUAGGAACGUGGGGCGGGUGGGCGAUUUUUUUUCGUGCGCCUUUUUAUUAUCCAGACUACAGACUGAUUCGAUGUAUGGCUCCUACGUUUGCCACCACUGAUGUGUGAUGUUCUUCUAUUGGUGGAUGUGCAUCGUUGUUUCUGGCUUUAGUCAUCGACGUGUCUUCGUUCUGUAUCAUCCAUGUAAAUGCAUGCAUUAACUUAAUGAAAACAAAUUAGGUCAAUCCGACCAAGGGUAAAGAACGAAAUGCCAUGUUUCUGAAAACUACCCUGAAUAGAAU